AUGGAAUCGCCUCAAAAUGGUGUUGGUGCAGUAUUGGCAUCGGGUUCGAGUACGGGGCACAGAAUAAUUGGCGAUAAGAAAUAUCCUACAAAGUCAACAAUGAAUUUUAUAAAAGAGCAAGAAAAUAGUAUUGUUGCUGUUGAUACUAAAGAUCGCACGAGCGACUUCUGCGAAGAAACCGAGGCCCUUUUGUACUAUAGAGCUGAUUCCACUAAGCUCUAUUUGGGUUGCGACAGGGAAGUGAACUUGACAAACCCAUUGUUCAACAAACACACACGUUGUCUCCUUUGCGAAAAUGUGAUUCUUCGCGUGUUUCUAUAUAUUGUUGUACUGAAUCCUUGGUGCUUUGUCAGAACUAUUGAUUGGGAGAAGCAUGAUAAUUUGGCGUUAAUCCACGAUCAUCGUCCAAUUGAGAGGUUUAUUGGGUGCCCAUCAGUGAGUGAGUUGAUGAGUAUAUUAGGGUUUUAA